AAAAUACGUUGCAUAAUUCUUACUCUAUCCGACAAAGAUUGAAGAUUGCCCAUGUGUUGAGACAACAACAGUCCCUUGCUUAGAUUGAUUAGUUGUUGGAAAUAAGAUUAAAAUACAAGAAACGGAAUGUAAAGAGACAGUGACACAAAGCAGCAGCUCCAAAUUCUCUCUACAGUGGAUUCUCAUUUCAAAUUUCAGAUGCUGAAUUUCCUGCUUAUCAGCUAAAUUGAUUGAGUAGUGUCUCGAGGAAUUGUGGAUUGUUGUCUAGUGAUGGCUUUUUGGGUGCCUUUGGUUAUGUAUAUGGCGUGUUGUCUCCCUGUGAUUUUUGCUCAAGAAACUGCAUAUGCAACAGUUGUUGUUAGGGGUGCUACAAAGGUUGCUGAGACUGAUGAUCAUUUUGUUUGUGCUACUAUCGAUUGGUGGCCAUCAGAUAAGUGUAACUACAACCGUUGUCCAUGGGGAGAGUCCACUGCCUUAUCCCUGAACUUGUCUCAUCCGCUGCUCGCCAAGGCCAUAAGAGCGUUCGAUCAUUUGAGAAUAAGAAUCGGAGGAUCUCUGCAAGACCAAGUUAUCUAUGACGUGGGCGCCUUGAAUUAUCCUUGUCAUGCUCAUCCAUUUUUCAAAAAAAUAGAUGGCCUGUUUGGAUUUUCCAAAGGUUGUUUACACAUGAAUAGAUGGGACGAGCUCAACGACUUACUUGCUAAGACAGGGGCCAUAAUAACAUUUGGACUUAAUGCACUUUAUGGGAGGCACAAAACCGGAAAAGGUGCUUGGGGAGGUGCUUGGAACUCAAGUAAUGCCCGUGAUUUCAUCAAAUACACUAUCUCCAAAGGAUACCAUAUCGAUUCAUGGGAAUUUGGUAACGAGCUGAGUGGAAAUGGAGUUGGUGCUAGUGUUGGUGCCACACAGUACGGAGAAGAUUUAAUCAACCUUAAAUCUAUCAUCAAUGAUUUAUACAAGAACUCCGACGUCAAACCAUUGCUUCUAGCACCAGGAGGAUUCUUUGAUCUGAAAUGGUAUGCAAGGUGUCUUGAUGUAUCCGGGCUAAACACAGUCAAUGCACUGACACAUCAUCUAUACAAUCUGGGCCCUGGUGAUGAUCCCCAUCUUGUGAGUAAGAUAUUGGAUCCCUAUCAUUUGAAUAGGGUUGCUGGAACUUUCGUCAAUCUUCAGCAAACAAUGAAAAGACAUGGUCCUUGGGCUUCUGCCUGGGUUGGAGAAGCUGGAGGAGCCUACAAUAGUGGUGGUCGUCAUGUGUCCAGUAGAUUUGUCAAUAGCUUCUGGUACUUAGAUCAGCUUGGAAUGUCAUCCAAGUACGAAACAAAGGUAUAUUGUAGACAAACUUUAAUUGGCGGGAACUAUGGUCUCCUCAACACAACCACAUUUGUUCCCAACCCUGAUUACUACAGUGCACUUCUGUGGCAUCGGCUUAUGGGUAAAAGAGUUCUUUCAGUUGAUAGCGAUGCUUCAGCGCACUUACGUGUUUAUGCUCAUUGUUCAAAGGAAAAAGCGGGCAUAACCUUACUUCUGAUCAAUCUAAGCAACCAUACCGAAUAUCAAAUCAGAGUUCGUAACAAUAUAAACCUCAACUUGGUUGUAGGAGAUCAGCAACAAAAAUCUUUCAUGCAUGGUCUUAAGAGAACAGUUUCAUGGCUUGGAAGAAAAGCAUCAUACGGAGCAUUAUCAAGAGAAGAAUACCAUUUAACUCCGAUGGACGGUAACCUAAGAAGCCAAACUAUGUUUCUGAAUGGUAACCCGUUAGAACUUGCACAGAAUGGAGAUAUCCCGAGUUUGAAUCCUGUUCUUGUCGACAUAAAUUCCCCUGUACUUAUUAUUCCUUUAUCCAUUGCCUUCAUUGCCUUCCCGCAUUUCGAUGCUCCAGCUUGUGUAUGAUUUUUCUAGUACCACAAUUACUUUCUGCUUCUGCACCUUAUUAUACAGUGCAGGACACCGCUGAGCUGUAACCUCUUGAUAAUUGUAUCUAUAUUGUACCAACUAGUUCAACAACAAAGUUCACUUGCUAAAUGCAAGAUUCUUAUAAGAGUACUAUUUAUAAAUUAUAUUACCGAGUACUGUGAAUUGGCAAUGUAUCUAUUGGAGAUGGGUGUAUACUGGAUCAAACCACGAGGCCAUUGCAGAUCCUGAAAAGCAGAGGUUAAAAGCAGAAGAACGAAAAUUCUGAAUUCGAAAAGGUUUUGGAUUCACCGCGAGAAUUUUUUUAGGGGUGGUAGCUGGUGUUGUUGCACGAGGAAUUGGCUGUGUUACUAAUUGGAGUGCAGAAAUCCUUGCAGUUCUUGUUUGGUUUGGGGUGGGUUGGUCAGAGAAGAUUUAGUGACAUCCUGGGUUAAUCUGAUUCAAGUGCUGCAAUUUCUGCUUUCAAAUCAACACCUCCUUUCCUGCCAGAUUUAGAAUGGUCUGAUAUGUUAUAUUUUCGUUUUCUGUAGCUUUAUCGCCUUCCAGUUCUCAGUUCAGUACUCUGAACUGUAUUUUGUAAUUGAUUUGGCCCUCUUGGGUGAAAAAAUUGCUGGUCUGAGAAAAAGAAAAAAAGAAGAGAAGCCCAAAAACUUCAUUUGUCAAGAUAUCAU